AUGAAUGGAGCAGGAGCAGUGAAAAGAAGGAGAGAAUACAAGAAUGCAGUGGCAUGUAACCGGUGCAAGAAAAGGAAACAAAGGUGCGAUGGGAAUUACAUAACAGGUAGCCCCUGUUCGAAAUGUAUGGUAUCAGGUGAAAUCUGUGAGUUUGAUGACAAGACUAGACCAUCGUAUGUUAAAUCAUUAGAGGAUAAAGUCAGAUUUUUGGAGAAGAAAGUGGGUGACUUAGAACUACAACUACUGGAAGAAAAAGGCAAAGGUAGUCCUGGAGACCACGGUAGUGUGAAGAGUGUUACUUCUACUGAAUCAGGCAACAAGAAUUUAGUGGAAUGUACGGCGUUCAUUCCUUUGAAAGAUGAUUCCAAUCCCAUAUAUGUGGGGUCAUCAUCCUUCAGUAUUGCUAAUUUGAUCCAAUACUAUUUAAUCCAUGAUGAUACUACUGAUAAUUCAUCGACCAAUGAUAUAUAUGAAGACAUAUCAGGAGAUCCUAAUAAUUUCGUUCAAAUAUUGCUAGAAGACCAGAAGUUGAUGGACUAUUUCUUGGAAAGUUACAUAACAAUCAUGCACAAGAGAUACCCCUUCCUAGAUAGACUUUAUAUCGAGUCAUUACAUGAACGUAGAAGUGAACUUUUCUUUCAAAGAGAUGAAAAGUCUGCUAUGGAUAGAUUUCUUAUCUUAAUGAUUUAUGCUGUAGGAUCUUACUUGCGACCCAACAAUUCCAAAUUAUCACAUGUUCCGUUUGCGAGAAUGUUAUUCUACAAAGCUGCCUUAAAUAGUGAUUUGCAGGUAAUAUUCAAGACAGAAACCACAGCCAAUAUCUAUGCUUUAUUGUUAUUGGUUGUUUACAAAUUAAGAACUCCAAAUGGUCAGGUAAUAUGGUAUCUUAUCGGAAUGGCUUUGAGGUUAUGUAUUGAUUUCGGUUUGCAUAGAAGAAAUAUUCAAGUAUUUGCCAAGGAUCCUUAUAAAUAUCAAUUGAACAGUAGAUUAUUCUGGUCAACUUAUUCCUUGGAUAGAAUCAUAGCCAAUAGUUUCGGAAGACCCUAUUCAAUAAGUGAUAGAGAUAUCGAUGUUGACUUACCACUUGAUAUCGAAGAGUCGAUUAGAGAUCCUGUUAUAAUCAAGAACCAUUUUUAUAGCAAAUAUCCUCAGUACAACAUUGAAAAUUUGGUUUUGCAACCAGUCAAUACUCCCUUCACUACCUUGACUAUGGCUAUCAAAAACUUUGAACUUAGAAGAAUAGACAGUAAAAUACAAGAGAAGAUCUAUGCUGUUGAUAAAUCUAUUACUGAUAUACCGAGAGAUGCCAUCAGUGAGAUCAAGGAAGAUUUAAAUCGUUGGAAACAGAGCACACCCCAAAGACAAAAUACCCUCGAAAAUGAUUAUUACUCCUAUUUGUAUAACAAACUGUUGAGACAUCUGAUUAUACCCUUCAUAAACCUUUUGGAUUCUGAUGAUCCGUUAUUCACAGCAUGUAUAGACAGCUCCAUAACGAUUUGCAAAACAAACAGAAGGAUUCAUGAUAAUGGGAAACACCUUUUAUCCAUUAUUAGUAUCCAAACAAUUUUCUUGAGUGGAAUGACAAUAAUAUAUGCUGUAUUAUCCAAAAAAAUGACUUUUACGUUCAAAAUCAGUGAAGGAUUAAGAUGUUGUUCAGCAACUUUACUAUUGCUUAGUACUAGAAGUCCAAGUUGCAAGAGCUUUAGUCUGAUUUUCGAAAGAUUGUUAGAUAGAAUAGGAUCUAAUGAUGAAUCAGAAGAAUAUGACUCAUAUGGGCCACAAAAAGUUCUUAAUGAUAUAUCACAAAUCGACAUAGAUUAUCUCCAAGGAGCCGUGGAAGAAGAUAAGCUUGAAUUCUAUCAAGAUCAUGAUUUUAAUACUUUUAUGAACAGAGUAGCAUCUUUUGAUGAUGAAAUUCCUCAACUAAGAGGCGACUUUAUGUAG